AUGCAGAAUACCUCUACCACCGGAAAAACAUCGGGAGUUAAAAAGAUGAAAGGUAGGAAACAAUCAUCAAAGCGAAAAGUGGUAGCUGAGGAUCAAGUCAACAAAGAUGAGCUAAAGAAGAAAGGAAAAGACUUCGCACUCCGUAUUCCAGUCACUUACAAUCAAGGAGCUAUCAUCGCUUUCCCAGCUGUUUCCAAGAUUUCUUCCGGGAAACAGUUUGGCACUUCGAAAAGGGCAGAUCUUUCUCCAAAGGAUUUCAAUGAGUAUCAGAGUGGAAUGAACGAGGAAUACAAGCGAUUGGUUUACUCAUUAAAUAAUGGACGUGCACGAAAUGGAAUUGGUGGUGAACGUUCAACUGGUGAACGUUCAACUCCGUCGAAUGGAUAUGGAACACAACAAUCGGGAAGUCCUUAUGAAAAUGGAUAUCUUGGUGUUCCUGAUGCUGAACCAGGAAAUUACAAAGGAGCUAUGACAAAGAGUGAAAAGUAUCAGCCAGAUAGACGAACAUUUGGAAGUUAUGGCUCUAUCGAUUCACCGAAAUCGUCGGCACGAGGAGGUUCAUCAACUGGAAAGAGAAGCAUGGGAAGUGGUUACUAUAAUUCGGCGACGAACAUUUACCAACCAACAGUCAAUUCCAUCCCGUCGACAAACAAUCAGGAAUAUUCUGACGGUUAUGGUAGUCCGACACAAAAUGGCCCUAAUGAUUAUUCGAUGGGAAUGGAAUCUGGAAUGGAUAAUUCGAAUCAAGGAUAUCGUGAAAAUGGAAUGACUGGAUCGGGAGGAGGUUAUGAAGAGAAUCAAGGAUCCAUUCCGAGUGAAGCACAAAACACAAAUUCUCGAUAUAUUCCUUCUCCUCCAACCCAAAGUUAUGGUUAUUCAAAUGGCGACUACGGUGUCCCAUCAACCCCCAAUGGAGACUCUCAAAUGCCAACUAUGAAUUUUGGCUCGUAUGCACAGUAUUCUCGAAUCCCUCAACCACCACAGCAACCAUCACAUCAAUUUGAGACUUACUCAUCUUAUCCCACCAACCCCACCAACCCCACACCAUCCUCUUUUUCCUCCGGUGGCUAUGAAACAUCUAGCAAUAAUCAACCACAAACGGGCAACUAUGGUCAAACAUCUAGCUAUUCAUCAAACUAUCAAAUGCCGCAGCCAACACAAAGUUACAGCACUUUCCCUUCUCAAAGCUCUUCACAAAGCGGAAAUGGUGAUUACUCGAGUUAUUCCGGAGAUGAAUAUCGAAAUGGUGGAGAUGGAAAAGUCAUAACCAAUCAAUAUGGAACAGAAAAUACAAACAACGCAAAUGUCGAUUAUGGAGCCUAUUCUGGCUAUAAUACAAAUGCUUAUAUGAACUCGGGAUCCUACCAAAAUAAUGGGCAAAAUCGGCCUGCUAGUUUCAAUUCAUGGGGUGAAAUGCAAAGCGGAAUUCAAAGUGGAUCCGAAUAUCAAACAAAUGGAAAUGAUUAUCGCACGCAAUACGGAUCAUCUCAAGGUGGAGAAACUAGAACAUAUAGCAAUAAUGAAUAUAAUAAUGAAAAUAAGAAAUCGGUCUAUUCAUCAUAUUCGGUGCCUCCUCCAACUUCAGACCCUAAUCAAUUCACCGGUUCGCAGAAUUAUGGACCUGGUGGAGGUGGAGGUGAACUGUCAAAUGGCUAUGGAUCAUCCCAAUCAUAUGGAUCUUCAUCUAACACUCCAAAUGAUUAUGGAAAUUAUGGUUCUUCUAACAAUUAUGCUGGUAGUACAAAUAAUAAUUAUGGAUCAUCAACAAAUUAUGGUUCUUCUGAUAACUACAUGAGUGGUACAAGUACCAACUAUGGGGCACCAACUAAUUACCCAAAUGGAAACACUGCUCCAAUUGAUCAGAACACUUAUAGUUCAUAUGGAUCUAGCGAUAAUUACGGUUCGACAUCGGAGCAAAAUCCAUCAGAAUCCUAUGGACAAACAUAUCCACCAACAGAAAAUUCCUACAAUUCUUAUUCUGGCUUAGGUGAUAAUUCAGGCUCAGUAACCGGUGGCUUCUCUAGUUAUGGCAGUGAAACAGACGGUUCAGUGAGUUCAUCAUUAAAGGGUUAUCCAAAUGAUGGUGACUCUGGAAAUAGUUACUCGAGUUAUUCAAACUAUCAACCAGCUCCAAAUACUUUCAAUUCUUAUUCUGGGACAAAUGAACAAAAUGGUCAAAAUGGUUGGGAUGGGUCCGCAUAUCCCAAUGAGAUUUCAGUGGAUAUCGAUGUCGAUUUUGGGAAGCGGGGAAAUAUUGAUGGAUCGGAUAAUGGGAUUUAUUCACCUGAAACAUAUUCAAGUUACGGUAGUGGGAAUAAUGGACAUGGUGGAAGUGACACAAUUGGUGGAUAUCAUGGAGGAUAUGAUAGAGUCGGAUAUGGGUCAAGUAAAGCAAAAAACCCGGCAAUCAGUGGCACAAUGAAAGAUUCUAAAGCAGAUCAAACGAUAGCAACAACAACAACAACACAAAGUGAUGCAAUUCUUGAUGGAUAUAAGAAAAAACUUACUGUUGCCCAUGCUGCU